AUGAAAUAUUUAAUCGCUGUCCUGGUCUUCUGUUUCAUUGGCUAUGUUAAUUCAUCUUUAUCCGUUCAAGAGGCUAUUGAUACAAUGUUAUCAAACAUAAAGAAUAAAGAAGAAGUUAUUGAAAACAAUCCAGGAUUAGUUGAUCAUAUUUAUCGAUAUUUUCAAGAAAAAUAUCCUCGUGAUGAUUUAAGUAGAAUGUUCGAUUUUAAAAAAUCUCAACGUAUGGAAAUAUUUAAAUCAAAUUUAAAAUAUGUUAUUCGACAUAAUGAAGACCCUUCAACGACAUUUAAAUUAAGAAUAAAUGAAUUUAGUGACUGGACUGAUGAAGAAAGAGAUGGAUUACGUACAAAACUAAAUGUUGGACCACUUAAUAAUGAACAACCAAUAGAAUCACGUGAUAACACAAUAGUUCCACCAGAAUAUGAUUGGACUAAUCAAACACGUGUUCCAGGUGCAGUUACACCUGUUAAAAAUCAACGUCAUUGUGGUUCAUGUUAUGCUUUUGGUGUGGUUGGAGCUUUAGAAAAAACAUAUGCAGAAAUUUAUAAAGAAUCUGGUCCAUUAAGUCCACAAGAAUUAAUUGAUUGUUCAGGUCAAGGUGGUUGUGAUGGAGGAAAUUUUGUUCCAUCAUUUUAUUAUAUUAAAAGAAAUGAUUUUAGACUUAAUUUAGAAAAAGAUUAUCCACCAACACCCGAUGGAAAACAACAAACAUGUCAAAAGCGAGAAGGAGUACGUCUUUCAUCUAAUUCAAGUUCUACACUUCAAUAUGAACAAAUACCAAAUGGAAAUGAAGAAUAUAUGAAAAAAAUUGUUUAUGAACGAGGUCCAGUUUAUAUUUCUUUCAAUUGUGGAGAACGCACAGGUAAUGAUACUAUACUACGAGAAGUAUCGGAUAAAUUUGAUCAUUAUGCAUCUGGUAUUUUUGAUGUACCUGGAUGUCCGGCAUAUAGAAAUCUCAAUCAUGCACCUGUUGUUGUUGGUUAUGGUACUGAAAAUGGUACUGAUUAUUGGAAAGUUAAAAAUUCAUGGGGACCAGAUUGGGGUGAUAAUGGUUAUAUCAAAAUUAAACGAAAUGAGAACAUGUGUGGAAUUGCUACUUCGACUUAUUCUGUUGGAUUAUUUUAA